UAUAUAGUGAACACGUUAUUUGCCUCUUUAUUCUAUAACUAAAUUCUAGAGAAAUGAAGCUCCAUAUUGCUCUCCUCCUGGCGUUGGCCAGUCUGUCGGUAGUUUUGGCUCGAGACUGUGACAGCGAAAAAGCCUUGAAGUCCGGACCAAGUGGAUGUGAGCCUGAUUACUCAUCACCCAAAAUCUGCCGAAUUCUGCCAGAGACGGGGCCAUGCAUGGCUCGCUUCGUGAUGUGGGGCUUUAACAGGCUCCAUGGUCAGUGUGAACAGUUUACAUACGGAGGCUGCCAAGGCAACGGGAACCGUUUUGCGACCAUGAAGGAAUGCGAGGACAAAUGUCUUAUGUGAUUGACUCAUUAAUAAAUUUGUGAUAAAAUGA